AUGGCUUUAUUACGUCCAUUGACUCACUGGAACAGUUCAACACAGUGUCAAACUCAAGAUCAACAGAUGAAGAUGUUGCUAGUGUGGAAGGGCUUUAGAGGAAAGGAUUUGUCGGAAGAGAAAAGCCCAAACGGCCAACGCAUCAAACAAGGAAAGGUUCGAGGGUUCUGGACACGUGACCAGAGAACCUCCUUCGACAACCAAAUCCUUCUAUCCUGUGCCUCCAUGCCAUCGGGAUUUUUAGCAUUAACCGCGGCUCAUAAACGAAAUGAAAAAAAAGACGGGAAAAAGGGAAAAGAUCAGCCAGAUCGGGAAAUAACGGAAGCUUCGAAACAGCGACAACCCCACAAUCCUCCUACAACCCAACCCCACAAUCCUAUAACCAACAACCCCACAAUCCUACAACCCAACAACAACACAAUCCUGCCACAAUCUACAACCCACACCACAAUCCUACAACCCACAAUCCUAUACCCAACCCCACAAUCCUACAACCCAACAACCCCACAAUCCUACAACCCAACAUCCACAACUCCACAAUCCUACAACCCCACAAUCCUACAACCCAAGAAAUCCUACAACCCAACCCCACAAUCCUAUAACCAAACCCCACAAUCCUACAACCCAACAACCCCACAAUCCUACCCAACCCCACAAGCCCACAAUCCUACAACCCCCCACAAAUCCUACAACCCCAACAACCCCACAAUCCUAGAACCCAACAAUCCGACACAAUCCGACAACCCCACAAUCCUACAACCAACAACCCCCAAUCCUACAACCCAACAAUCCCCAAUCCUACACAACCCAACUACCCCACAGUCCUACAACCCAACCCACAAUCCUAUAACCCAACCCCACAAUCCUACAACCCAACAACCCACAAUCCUACAACCGAACAAUCCGACAACCCCACAUUCCUACAACCCAACAACCCCCACAAUCCUACAACCCAACACCCCACAAUCCAAACCAAACCCCAACCCACAAUCCUACAACCCAACACCCCCCCCAACCCAACCCCACAAUCCUAACCCCAAACCAACCCCAACCUACAACCCAACAACUCCCCACAAUCCUACAAACCAACAACCGACAAACCCCAACAACCUACAACCCAACAAUCCUACACCCCAGAAACAACCCAACAACAGCCACAAUCCUACAACCCCAACAACCCACAAUCCUACAACCCAACAACCCCCAAACAAUAACACAAUUCCUACAACCCAAAUCAACAACCUUAAACCCCCAACAAUCCCCAACAACCCACAAUCCUACAACCGCCACAACCCACAAUCCUACAACCCAACAACCCCACAAUCCUACAACCAACCCACAAUCCUAUAA